AUGACUAAACCACCAGAAGCCGCUGGCAAAGACCACGAGAGACCGCAGGGAAUGGAGGAGACCAAGGCGAUGCAGGAAGUGUCUCCCACGACGCCCACCCCAACGAGCCAGCUGAGUCCAGCACGUCACCACAGGGACACAGUGUCUUUGGCCACUCGCUUCACUCCUUUUGUCGCCCAUUUUGGGGGCCGUCAGCCCAACUCCUUCAAGUUUCUCUUCUAUGAGCCAAGUUGCUCCAACUCGUACAGCCCCUUCUACACUGCGCAGAGGCCAACCUGCGGGUACCGCUACCGCCGCGACACCGACCACGCCAAGAAGGUGAUCGAUGUCCCGAGUGCAGACACGGUGAAAUGGAGACCCAUCCAGGGCCCAGAGCCGUGGGCGAGAGCAAUAAAGCCCAAGCAAUGA